UGUAUUUUUCUAGACGCAGCUGACGAUGUAAACAAGAAAAGACAGUCGAGGGCAACAGGGAUCAAAUAGGCCGGUGUCACCGCAAAUGAUAGCCAUUAUAUGCUCAUAAACGGCUGACAUGGGGCUGCCUGUUACGAUUAAAGUCAAUUUCCGGGGAAAUGUGAAGAGAUUUCUGGCUCAGGAUUUGGACAAACUGGAGUGGGACUCCGUUGAAGCCUGGAUCAAAGCGUCUUUUGGGAUCAACCACUUUCAAGUCAAAUACUUCGAUGAGGAUAAUGAAGAGAUUUGCAUAAACAGUCAAGAUGAAUAUGAAGAAGCAAUCAAGAGCGCCGAGAAGCAGGGGAACCAGUUGCACAUGAACGUGUACAAGAUGAAAGGGCAGGCCUGUGGAGGCCCACUGAAGACGGAGGUGAAGGAGCUGAAAGGAGACCUCCGGCCUGCUCCUCCUUAUCCAUCAAGGGUCAAAACGGUGGAUAAAGGCACACAGGUCACCCCAGAGCGAGACGCUGUCACAGUAAAGGACAACAAGGGGAACAAGCCAGAAGAUGACCCCCCUCCCAUGUGGUUUAGAUCGUACAUGGAGAAGUUUAAAGAUGAGGUGGUGAAAGAGGUGGUGGAAAGGAUGUGCAAUGACUUUUCUGGCCAGUGUUGUACCCACAAAUCAUCUGAUGGGCCCCUUGAGGCCAGUGGAGCUAGUGGCGGCCCCAUAGGGCCCAGGCCAGGCCCCUCCACCUCAACUGGAUCCCUUGGCUACACCCCGAACUGCAGCAGCUGCAACAAACUCACCUCUGAAGGGGCCUACAAGUGCAGCGUGUGCCCGUCCUGCAUCCUGUGCGAGAUGUGCAGACAUAGCCAUGACCCCAGCCACAACCUCGUGAGAACCAAGACCCCUCUCUCCAUCCCUGAGCAUGGAAUGUCGGGAGAGUUGAGGUUCCCAAGGCGAGGAGACAGGACAGUGCGCAAGGCCGAGCGACAGCGCCUCAAAGCUGAAAGGAGGCAGCUAAGAGCUGAAGUGAAGGAAAUCAAGAAGAAACUGAGACUGGAGAAGAGGGGGCUGCAGUGGAGUGGGCCAUCUACCUCAGGCAGAGCCAACCUGACAAACAUGGCCUCCGCCUCCACCCAGGUCCCAGCCCUGCCCCCCCCUGCUGCCUCAGAAACAGCCUCAGGUCCAGCCCCAGCCCAAGGUUCCAUCCCUGUCCCGGCCCCUGAUCCCCAGGCCUCCAGUCCAGAGAGUCCCGGGGUCUCGCACACGUCCUUGGUUCCUACUAUGGCUGCCUUGUUUCUGGACGAAAAUCUGCCGGACGGCACCCGUCUGGAGCCUGGUACCAAGUUCAUCAAAUACUGGAAGAUGAGGAACUCGGGCACUAUCAGCUGGACCUCAGAGACUAAGCUAGUGUUCAUGUGGGGAAACCUCGGCCUGGCAUCAGAGGAGAAGAGGGAGAUGCCGGUCCCCUUGCUGCUGCCCGGACAAGUGGGAGUGGUCAGUGUGGCCUUUGUCGCUCCUGUGAUGGAGGGGACGUACACCUCCCACUGGCGGCUGGCGCACUGCGGGUGUCAGUUUGGCCCGCGUGUCUGGUGCAGCAUCGUGGUCGACCCCGGCGACGGCCGCAACACACUCGGGCAUCAGAGCAAACGACUGAAGGAGGAGGUGAGGCCAGUGGAGAAGGAGGAGGUUAGGGCCAGGGACAGCGAGCCUGGCUUGUUUGUAGACCUGAACCACGAGGACUACUACUUCCCCUCAGUCGACCUCCUCACUGCACAGGAUCUACUGUCAUUUGAGUUGCUGGAUAUAAAUAUUGUGCAAGAGUUGGAGAAGGUUCCUAACAACACUCCUGUGGAUUUGACUCCCUGCAUAUCUCCUCUUCCCCAUGAUGCACCAGUGUUGGAGAAGGCCAUAAUUUCCCAGAUGAAAGAAGACGCCGAAGUCACAGGGGUCCGAAAACUUUUUGGAGUGAAACUGAGGCAGCAGACGGAGCUGCUGGAGCCUGUGACCCGGGAGGAGGACAGAGAGGAGGAGAUCAGCGGAGCCCAGUUCCUCUGCGAGACGGUCAUCCGCUCCCUCGCCUUAGAGGAGGCCCCUGAUCACAGACCCCUGCGCAGAGCCCAGCACAGCAGCCACAAACCACAGGUUGUUUCCCGGGGCACCAGCUUUUGCUUCGAGAGAGCUGUAGAGGCUGAGAAGAUGGAGACGGUGCAAGAGAGGAAUGAGGAGAUCUGCGCCGUUAGACUUGAGAGUUCAGCUCUGCCUCUCAACAGCGGCCUCAACCAGAUCACCCAGGAAGAGGAGACAAGGCCAGUUCUGCUGGAACCGGCGAAUGAAAACCUGCAUAUCAGCUCACAUCAAGAUCACGAGGAUGAAGAGGUCAUGGUCCUGGAUGACCUGGAGAACAUGAGGGACAGUCAAGACGAGAGAGAGGAGGGUGGAACCAAAGGAGAAGACUGGGAGGAGGUCAGCAGCCAGACCUCCUCCGUCUCCUCCUGUGACGAUUACAUCAUUGUCCUCCCGGACUGCUUCGACACCAGCCGGCCUCUGGGCGAGUCCAUGUACAGCUCCGCCAUGUCGCAGCCCGACGCCGCUGAUGAUGAUGAUGAUGAUGCUGCUGAUGAUGAUGAUGUGACAUCAGCCGACCCAGACACACAGCAGGAGGGAGAGGGAGAGGGAGAGGGAGAGGGAGAGGAAGAGGAAGAGGAAGAGGAAGAGGAGGAGGAGGAGGAGGAAGAGGAAGAGAAAGAGGAAGACUCCAACUCUGAGCCAGGCGAGGUAGUGCCGCUGAGAGAGCGGCAGGACGAGGCGGAGGUAGUCGAUGCGGAGGACUCGUCUGUGAAAACGUGGCCUCCGGCGGCCCCCCCCGCCCACAGCAGCGUGAACCAGAUGCUGUGUGCCUCCCAAACCCUGGACGCUGUGACGCUCACCCCUGAAGUGGUGCCACCACCAGUGCUGCCUGACCCCCUGCUGCCCCCACCGACGCUCUACUCCCCCAGGUCUGAGGCACUGUACCUGGCUGAGGACCCCAGUCCUCCAGCCUGUGGCCCAUAUGAGCCACACCAACCAAGGGUCCACCUAAAUGUAUCAUCUGGUUUGUCAAGAUCAGCCGGCUCAGCAUCCAGUGCCUUUGAGACAUAUAACCCCAGACCCAGCAACGCUUUGCAGCCAAGGGGCCAAGGAGGCAUCACAGAGGGACUUGUCAAGGGCGCCCUUUCUGUGGCAGCGUCCGCUUAUAAAGCUCUCUUCACUGGACCAAACUGCUCAAUACAGCGAGGCAUCGACCCAGCCACCAGGCAGGACCCCUCCCUGAUGGCGAUGCUGCUGGAGAUGGGCUUCAGAGACCAGCGUCUGAACCAGCGGCUGCUGAGGAAACACGGCUACAGCCUUCUGCACACCGUCAACGAGCUGGUGCAGAUAGCCGAAGAAGGCCAGAACAAAGCUGUCAACACUAAGCACUGAGAGAAGGGGAAUCUGUGGAGUUAAAAAAAAAAAAAAAAAAAAAAAAAAAAGGCUACUAAUGAGAAUUGAUUUGACUUUUAAACAUAAUGUAAAGAGAAUAUUUAGAUUAUGACCUGCAUAUGUAUAUCACCCUUUCCAGUGUCUAGAUUUUGUUUGAAUUAUGUACAAAGGAGAAAACCUCUUCCUGAUUUGUGCAACUGAUUGAUGUUCCAAAGGGUGGAUCGUUUAUUUGAACCAAGAGUAACGAUAAUAAGACAAUAAUGGAAAAUGAAAGAGGAGCAUUUAUUUCUCGAACUCGAAGCGAAAGGAAUGAAUGGCUUCUCCUGCCUUUUGCCUUUUUUGAUUUAGCAUCAACAUUUUAACAAAUUCAACCAUAUACACACUUGUGAGUUUUUAUGAAUAGUGGUUAACCUUUGCCAUGCCUUGUUUACCUGGGGCCAUAGAGCCUCAUGUGUUGGUCAAAGGGAGCUGGGAGUUGUAGUUUUAGAAAAGGACAAAAGUGUAUUUCAGCUCUUCAUCUUUUAGUGUUUGUAUGGCUGUUGUAGCUGCUUCCUGGGCGCUGAAAAAUUAUUGUCUUUUGACAGGGCUUGGCUAGAUCCUUCUCACAAAUAGAGCAAUGAAAUAUUAAUAUUGUUGAAUGUCAUUAAAAAGAUAGAAAUGUUCUGAGGAGCCACUGCCGCUACGGUAGCUGGUGGAGAUUGUGGGCGUUGAGGGUCAGCAGUGCAAGUCGGUGAGAACAACAAAUCUUUAAGACUUUUUUUUUCUUUUUUCUCGCGAUUAUCGUAGUGAAAUCUGCCUAAACAAUGCAAUCUUUUUUCUGUAUCAGAGUACUGUUAUUUUAGACGUUGACAUGUGGAAUGUAUACAGACACUGUCCGAGCGGAUCACUGUUCAGACUCUGAUGUUUUCUACUGCUUUUUAGGAGACACCUGCAUGACAGGUAGACGCUUUAGGGAUGAGCCGUGUUCUCGUGGUCUUAGCACAGUCACAGUAGAAAAUGUCCGCUUUGCAUCAUGGUUCAACGACCCCCC